AUGGCGGACAAGUACAUCCUGCGCAUCACGGCCGGCCCCGCCUACGACGAGGCGACACACGUCGAGGUCCCCGUCAACCAACCAAAGCCCGUCAGCGUGGCCAGCGCCGCGGCCGACGUUGAGCUCUGCGUCCGGAUACGCGACUACGAGGGCCUGCCGCGCGGGUCGCCUGCCUCGUCGCCGUACUUUGACGCCGAGCCGCACGCCUACAACCAGGACCAGUAUAGCAUCGCGCUGCGCUUCACCCCGAAGCGUCCUGCAGCCAAUGGAUCCACGAGUGGUGGCUCUACUGGCAAGGACGUGCAAGACGGCGGAGAGGGCUCCGACUCUGUGGGGGAUGACGAGGAGGAGGAUGAAGAGGAAGGAGACGAGAGCACCAGCGGCAUCAGCGGCAUGGACCUCCAGUUCGGCAACGACUUUGACCGCCCCAUCCGCGACAGGCUGCCGCCCGGCUUCAACACCGCUUUGAACAUUGUCCGGUGGUGGAUCGACCCGGGCCUCGACGGCGACGCCUACGCGGACAAGCCGUACUUGUACGGCCCGGCGCUGAGCUCCUUUAACCGCCUGCACGUAGGAGCCGGCCACUACGACGAGGCGCGCGGCGGGCUGUGGUUCGACGAGGGCGGCGACAACGACGGGCUCGAGGCGCGUCGCGCGGCGGGAGCACCCGACGACGGCAAGGCGCGCAUGAAGUGGGCGCUGCGCGACGCCAGCAAGGAGCGCUGGGUGUUUCAGUAUGGCCGCACGUACGGCUUCGACUUUUUCAACCCGUACCUCGAUUUCCGGAACCUGGCGCUGCGGCUGCCGGGCUUCCAUUUGCCCAUCAUCAAGUACUGGGAUGGGCAGGGCUUGAGAUAUGUGCUGCGCAACAAGGCCACCGGCGAGGUGUACCUCGUCGUCGUCUUCACAAUCUACCUCAAGGAGGACGUCGCCGAGGACGGGACCAUCAGCCACGGCGCGGCGGAGCGGGCCGCCGUCGCGGGAUCCAACGGCGGAUCGUCGAGUGAUGGGGCGGGCGGCGCUGAAGACGAGGAGGCGGCGCUGCGGGAGGCGAGGGAGAAGCUGGGCAAGACGCAUAUAGAGGAGACGAGCCCCGACGACGUCGACUAG